UUGGUGAGCGGUGUUGUUGUUGUGUGUGGUCUUCUUUUGUAACUCACUCUCAUUUCUACACAUACACCUUUCUUUGAAAACUUCUUCUUCUUCACGCCGCCUCACACUUUCUCUUCACUCUUCUUUCUUUGCAUUCUCUUUAAAUCAUCAUAAACCCCUCCAAUUUACCCAAAGGGUUAGUCUUUUUGUGUUUUUCAUUGUGUUUUGUUUGUCUAUGGUCGCUUCAUCAUUGUCUCUCUAAUGCCAGCUCUCUUCUCUUGCUGGUGAGUCCUCUGUUGAUCGUAUCAAAAUCAUUUCUUUUUUCUUCUGGUUUUUGUUUAGCUGAAUUGGGUUUGUUUGUAAUUUGGUUUUUGAUGUAUUUGGGUUAUCAAGAUUGAAUUUUGAUUGUCUUUUGUUGGUUUUGAUGAUCAUCCUUUCCUGUGUUCUUGCUUCUUUGAUUAUGAUCUAUUUUCUGGUUUCUGUUUGCAUUGGAUUUGUUUACACAAAUCUAGUCUUUUUUAUUGUCAUUAUGGCAUGUUCAAAUCAAAAAAAUUAUUCUUCAAUUGGUUUAAUGACUUUGACUAUGAAUUUAGGAUAUAAUUUGUUCUAAACUACUCUAUGAUUUUCAAUUUUUCUAUAUUCUUCUUGCCAUCUGAUUAUAUUUUAUUUAGUAAUGAAUCAAUGGAUGCUAAAGUAACAGUCACUAUAGUAGCGUCUGUGUUUUGAUUAAUGGGUUAAAUUUUGAUAGUGGACAAUUUCAAAAUUUGUCUGGGAGAUACUGUGAUUUUGUAGUUGUCACAAUGUGGCUUGUUCUUCAUGUAUAAAUGACAGAUAGAAAUGAGGUUGAUGCAUUUUGAAGUUUUUAAUGCAUUGAAGGGUCUUUUUUUGUGAACUACAUCGCAAAGUGCUUUAGAAUCUGUUUGGCAGAAAGGAAUUCUUAAGUUAUUCACAGAAUGGAAGACGGAAGAACUGAACUAGGGGUUGAUGAAUUUGAAAAGCUUCUUGGGGAGAUACCGAAUGCUACAUCUGGAAAUACACAUUCUGAGGGAUCUGGACCAAAGAGGGUCUCUUCAGAUUAUGGCUUGUUGCCUGUCUGUGUCAUUUCCAGCAAAGGGCCUUUGACUGAAAAACUCCAGAACAAUGGAAGUUUGGAUGAGGGAAAGAUAUUGGUGGAUAAACCUCUUCAGUCACCAAUCAACAGGAUGGGACAGGAGGAAGUGAAUCUUCCUGAUGACCAGUCCUUGACAUCUGCAUUUGCUGACCUCAGAUUUAAUAGGGGAAUGAUGAUGGAAUCUGGGAGUCCUUGGGUGAAGUCAUCACCGAAUCAUACUACUGUUUUAUUGGAAUCCCAAUAUACAAGCAGCUUAAAGGAACAGGUUUCUAAUGUUAAUCCGCAACUGGUUGUUUCCUCUUUCCAAUCAACAUAUAAUGAACUAUAUGAUGUUGCAAAAGUUAGACAAGAAAGUUCGGAUGUUGUGAAUCCUGAUGUUCAAGAACUGAAGAAGAUGCAGGUUGGUUAUUGUCAACCAAUUGAAAACUUCUCCGCUCCCUUGCCACUUGCUCUUGGGAUGCAAGGUUUUCAGUUCCUAUCUAAUUUGCCUGUCCAUGCUUUGGAGUUCCCUGUAAUGUCUGAUCAGCAGCAAUACUUUGCCGAAGCACAAUCCUCAUUCCCUUACUUACAUUCACAACAUUUAAACCAGCCUCACAUCAGUUGGAGAAAUAUUGAGCAGGAACAAUAUGGUAGGAUGCAUCAGCAGUACUUGUAUCUGCAGCAGCAGCAGCUCCGGAAUCAGCGAAUGGAAACCCAGCACCCAAUUCAAUUGAAUGGAAAUACUCCGACUAUGCUAAUUGGUCGUAACCUGAGACAACCAUGUUUUGAGAUACCAAACCAACUUGAACAAUCUAAUCAAGAACCAUUUUGGAACACUUAUGCAGUCCCAAGAGGUUUGGACCAACCAAAUCCUGCCUUUUCCUCCACUGAGUACAAUGCUAUGCAUGUUUUGGGUAAAGUGGGAAAGCAGACAUUUCCUGAGAAGAUCCUAACAAGAUCUCAGGGAUUGAAUAUGCUUAAAGCUGUCAAAUUUGGAGCUGUUGUGGGAAAUGAGUCUCUAUCUCAUGUCAAUCAGAAUGGAAAAAUUCUGUCAAAUGGUCAUGUUUGCCUUAGCUUAACUAGUCCAAAUGCUGGAUGCUUUGAGCUUAAUGGUCUAAAUGCAUGGUCUUUGUCAAAUGACUCUACUGAUCUCAGAAGUACUAAUUUGAGACCUCAACCACAUAAAUAUAAUUCUUUGGAUGAAGUCACUGGUAAAAUAUAUUUCAUGGCGAAGGACCAACAUGGUUGUCGUUUCUUACAGAGAAAAAUAUCAGAGGGUACCUCAGAAGAUACUGAAAAGAUAUUUUUGGAGAUCAUUGAUCAUGUUGUGGAGCUCAUGACGGAUCCCUUUGGAAAUUACCUGGUCCAGAAGAUGCUUGAAGUGUGCAAUGAGGAUCAGAGAAUGCAAAUACUUCUUGCAAUCACAAGAAAAGCUGGAGAUCUUGUCAGAAUUUCAUGUGACAUGCAUGGGACUCGGGCUGUUCAGAAGGUUAUUGAAACCCUUAAGAGUCCAGAGCAGUUUUCCUUGGUUGUUUUUUCAUUGAAACCUGGUAUAGUGACGCUCAUAAAAAAUAUGAACGGAAAUCAUGUUGCACAGCGCUGCUUAUUGUAUUUACAGUCAGAACACAGCAAGUUCCUCAUUGAAGCUGCAACUAAUAAUUGUGUUGAGCUUGCAACUGAUCGCCAUGGCUGUUGUGUGCUUCAAAAAUGCCUUACUCAUUCUGAGGAUGAGCAAAGACACCGUUUAAUCUGUGAGAUCACUUCAAAUGCUCUAAUCCUUUCACAAGAUGCAUUUGGGAACUAUGUUGUGCAAUUUGUGUUUGAGCUUCAACUCCCAUGGGCAACAAUGGAUAUUCUUGAUCAGUUGGAGGGCAACUAUGGGGAUUUGUCAAUGCAGAAGUACAGUAGUAAUGUGGUUGAGAAAUGCCUCAAAUAUUCAAGUGAGGAAUGCCGCAGUCGUAUCAUCUGGGAAUUGAUAAACAAUGCUCACCUGGAUCAAGUCAUGCUAGAUCCUUAUGGAAAUUAUGUUAUUCAAGCAGCAUUGAAUCAAUCAAAGGGAACUGUUCAUGCUGCGUUGGUGGAUGCCAUAAGACCACAUGUACCUGUGCUCCGAACCAGCCCAUAUGGGAAGAAAGUUCUCCCUAGCAAUAGCUUGAAGAAAUAAUCUGCGUGCAUGAUGAAAGACUCAUUUUUAUCUGUUGCUGUAUAUUCUCCUCAGCCGAGCAAAACUUACGUAUAAUUAUUCUAGAUGAUCCUGUAAUUUCUUUAAUAAGCAGGUGAAGAAAAGUUGUGUUCAGUUCAAUUUUCUUGAUUUUGAAGGAUAGACCUGAAAAAAUGGGUCAAGGGAUGGCGUCAACAGCUCACAUGGAAUGCAAAGAGCUGUCUGCUGUUUCAUUAAAAGAAAUUUUGUAUGUAGAUGGGCAUUUUUUUUUUUCCAUAGAAAUAAAUUGAUGAGAAGAAAAUGUAAAGUUGUUUGAGCUUCAGGGAAUUGUAUUAGGACUUUUUUUCACUUUUUUCACCUAAGUUCAAAAGCCUGAAAAUUGUUGCAAGAUCGAAGAUCUAUUUAAGCUUCCUUGUCUAUAUAUUCCAGACAAUUGAUCGGGGCAGUAAUUAUGUUAUUG